CAUCAAGAUGGCGCCUCGGGGAGGUCGACAACUUCCGGUCGUGCCCCCUGGAUGCUUGUGAUGACCUCAAACAAAUGGCGUAGGAUACUGCUUUUCAAAUUUGCAGGAACGGCACACAUUUGACAACACAAGGAGACAAGAGAGACUGACAUGGCAGAGAGAAUGGCGGAGAUGGAGGAAGAUAUUGGAGAUCUGCCAGCCGGGGAGGAUGACAAUGACUCAGACAGAGAUGAAGAUGAGAGACUGUUUGCUUGGAUGGUCAAUGACGAUAUGGAUGAGGAGGAGGAAGAGGAGGAGGAAGAAGAAGAAGAGGUCGAGGAUGAACAGCCAUUGGACACUGAAGCAUCUGAGUCGUUUGAGUUAGAUACCCCAGCUGAGCGCAGUGGUCAUAUAGCAGUGAUUGACAGAAACAUCAUGUAUGUUUGGGGUGGAUAUAAGAAUGCUCAAAACCAUGGAUUCUUUGACUUGUAUUUGCCGAGAAAUGAGAUCUGGAUUUACAACAUGGAGUCUGCAGUAUGGACGAAGCAUGUAGCUGGAGGCAACCUGCACACAUCCAUGUCAGGCAGCUGUGGGGUGUGUGUUGAUGGAGUUCUCUACUUAUUUGGAGGUCAUCACGCCAGGGGAAACACUAACCGGAUCUAUCGUCUGCCCCUUAGAGCUACAAGCCUUGUUUGGGAGGAAAUGAGGGAUCUUAAAGGACUUCCUCCAUCCUGCAAGGAUAAGCUUGGGUGCUGGGUUCAGAAAAAUAGACUUAUAUUCUUUGGAGGCUACGGCUAUGCUGCACAAGGAACUCAUCAAGGGACCUUUGAAUAUGAUGAAUCGUCUUCACUUGUGUGGGACAGCCCAGGACGAGGCUGGAACAACCACAUCCACAUACUGGACCUGGAGACAUCUACUUGGAGCCAGCCCAACACCAGGGGAAACACCCCGUCACCCAGAGCAGCUCAUGCUUGCGCCACCGUUGGUAACAGAGGCUAUGUGUUUGGGGGACGGUACAAGAACUACAGACUAAAUGACUUGUACUACAUUGACCUAGACACGUGGGAGUGGCAUGAAAUGAGCGUUCCCCAGCAGGGUCCUGUGGGCCGUUCAUGGCACUCCUUCACUCCUGUGUCACCAGACCACAUCUUCUUAUUUGGAGGUUUCACCACAGACAGAGAGACACUGAGUGACGCUUGGCUGUACUAUGUCAGCAAAAAUGAAUGGAAGCCUUUUAAACACAGUCACACAGAGAGCCCGAGACUGUGGCACACAGCGUGCUCUGGUCCUGAUGGAGAGGUGUUUGUAUUUGGAGGCUGUGCCAACAACCUGUUGUCUCAUCACAGAGCUGCUCACAGCAACGAGUUAUUGGUGUUCAACGUUCAGCCCAAAUCACUAGUUCGUUUCUGUAUGGAAGCCGUUUUGCAGCACAGGGAGCGUUUGUCUAGUUACUGGGACUGCUUGCCUAAACACCUCCUGCACAGCCUCAAACAGAGAAUGGCCCGCGUCAACACCCUGGGCUCCUAGGUGUAGAGGAAGCCGUCAGUCUUGUCCAGAGGAUUACAGGAGAAUAUGUAUGUAUGUAUGUAUGGAUGAUGUGAGUUUUACUAUCAAAGCAGGUAGUCCUAUUGAAGCAUUAGUUUAAUGUGUGUGGACCCAUAAAAAGCAAUAGUGAACAGCUGUGGAGCUGUUGGAAAUGGGUCCUGGCUGUCUCUCUGCAGUUUAGUCGAUCCUAAAAGCUGUUUAUUUAUCUUUUUAUUAACUUACAGGCGUCAAACUCUUACAAAGCAAGUAUAACCUUUCAUGGAGUGGCAGUGAGUUUGGGUUGGUUAAUGUUGAUUUCCUUGCUAAGAUUAUUUUUGAAGCAGGGCUUCUUUCAUUACUCCUUCUGAAAAGUUUAAAUAUGUUUUUUAUUUGUGUUCUAAGAUAAGUGGAUUGCUACUUCUGUACUGGAUCCAAAAACUUCAUUUGAGUAACUGCAAGUACAGUGUGCUUCUGUGUUUAAGAUUUCAGAAAGUUUAAAGGUACAGUGUGUAGCAUUUUGAGAGAUCUCUUGACAAAUGGAAUAUAAUAUUACUAAGCAUAUUUAAUUUGGUGUACAAUCUACUUGAAAAUAAGAGUUCCCUUACAAUGAACCAUUCAUAUCUACAUGCGGGUGCUUUUCAUGGAGCCGGCUGCCAUGUUUCUACAGUAGCCCAGAUUGGACAAACCAAACACUUGAUCUCGAUGAAGCCAUUUGCUUUUUCUGCUUUUCCACCCAGCCACCGUAGUUCUCCGACAUGCUUGAUCCAGACAGAUUCUACACACUUGACCUUUUAAUGCCCACAACGAUAUAUUUUCAUCUUUGUUUCAAACAAGGCGCUAGCCAGUGCAGACUGGGACUCUAUAUGGAUAGAAAACCUCGCUCUUAUGAUCAGCUUUUCAUGAAGACCACUGAAAGAAACCCUGUGAGAACAUGCAGUGUGCUACUGAUGCUAGUGGGGAAAACAUACAGUUUGGAAAGGGGGCAGGACUUCCCUUUCCAAGUUUAAAAGAAAUAGUUCUAGUCCUUUUAAAACAAACAUGGCAGGUUUUCAUUGGUCUUCUUCAAAAAUGUAUACAACUACAUCUCGAAUGUCUUAACUUCAAAGAUUGCUAUAACUUGCGUUUGGCAUGAUGUUUGCUAAAUCUUCAUUAGCAUAAGUUCUCACAGACCUAAAACUAGUGCUUUGUUCCUCAAGACUAUCUUCUCUGAAGUUACAGAAAUGUUAAUUUUUAUUUAUAUAAAAAUGUAUUUAUAUAUUUGUGGAAAUGUGUUGAUUCUGAAAGAGGCUUUUGAAGCCUUUUAAAAAUGGUCACGAGUGGCUCAGGUAGCAUUUUAAUUUAGUUUAAUCAAUAACUUAAAUACGCCGAGUGUAUUGGAUGUUGAGCCACAUUGCACUGAAUGCCUAAUGUCAGUAGGGCUUUGUUUGUAUUUGCCUGGUUUGCACAAUGUUCCCUUGGUGUUUUUUAUUGUAGAAAACAAUGCAUAAUUUCCAUUCGUACUCAAAGAAUAAACACAUACCGUGAGUUGUGCACUAUU